AUGACGGAUAGAGCCAGAAGCGACAGUUGCACUUCGGUUGAUAGCAUGAGAGGUAGCAAGAGAUUAGCUAGAUCACCGGCGGGAGAGGAUGGAGAAGAAUGGGAUAGGAAAUUAAGAGAUUGGAAAGAGGAGAUUGUUAGUAGCUUAAAGAUAGUUAAAUUAGAGAUGAAGGAAGAAUUGAAGGAGAUUAUGGAGGAGCAGGGGAGAAAGAUGAGAGAGGAGAUAAAUGCGUUGAAAAAAGAAAUUAAUGAUUUCAAGGAGAGAGAAUAUAGAUGGGAAAGAGAAAGAAAAGAGUUAGUGGUGGCGCAGGAAGAGUUAAAGAGAAAGAUAGAGAAAAUAGAAGUAGGAGGGGAUAACGCAGUGGGAAAAAAGGUGAGAGAGAUAGAGAGGAGGUUAGAGAUGAAGGAAAGGGAGGACAGAAGGAAGAACCUAUUAAUUAAAGGUGUAGAGGUCAAGGAAGGGAAUAGGAAAGAGGCGGUGGAGAAGGUGUUCAGGGAGAUAGGAGCAGAGGUGACCGUGAAGGGAGUUAGGAGAAUAGGGGAGGGGAGCAAAAAAGGGAGAGAGAUGAUAUGGGUGAAGUUAGAGAGUGAAGAACAGAGGAAAGAGGUGUGGAGUAAGAAGAAGACGCUGAAAGGUAGGGAAGAAAGAAUUUUGGAAGAUUGGACUUGGAAGGAGAGGAAGAUGAGAUGGAGGUUAGAAAAAAUAGCAAAAGUAGAAGAGGAAAGGGGAAAUAGGGUAUGGUUAGGAUAUGGGAGGAUUAGGAUAGGGGAUUAUUGGUGGAAGUGGGAUGAAGAAGAGGAGGUCUUGAGGAAUGAGAAAGGAGAAUUGAGGAUAGAAGAAGGGGGGGAAGGGAAUGUAGGAAGAUUGUGA